AUGGACUCAAUUAAUUCAGACCCUCCCUUUGAAGAAACAUACAAGAACCUAUUCAACAAAGCUCAAAAUCACAUUAACAAUGAUGAGUUAAUGGUGGAGGAAGAAUGUGAGCUUCCUUUGAUUGAUCUGAGCAGUUUAAACGAAAUUGACUAUGACGACGUGACGAGAGAAGAGUGCAAGUCUAUGAUAGCAAAAGCAUCACAGGAUUGGGGUUUUUUCCAAGUUGUGAAUCAUGGAAUUUCAAAUGAGAUUUUAAGGUUAUUAAGGUUAGAACAAGAGAAAGUGUUUAAAGAACCUUUUGAAAAGAAGAGAAAAGAGGAUAAGUUUUUGAGUUUUUCAGCUGGUAGUUAUCGUUGGGGAACACCAAGUGCUACAUGCAUUCAACAGUUAUCUUGGUCAGAAGCAUUUCAUAUUCCUUUGAUUGAUAUAUUAGGAAGAUCUACCGGAUCAAACACUCAUUUUAGCUCAAUAAUUGAACAAUUUGCUACCACAGUUUCAAACCUUGCACAAAUAUUAGCUGAUAUACUAGCUGAAAAAUUGGGUCUCCAAUCAACUUUCUUCAAAGAAAAUUGCUUGCCAAACACAUGUUAUCUUAGAUUGAACAGAUAUCCUCCAUGUUCUCUUGAUUUUAGAAUGCAUGGCCUAAUACCACAUACAGAUAGUGAUUUCCUCACCAUAUUAUAUCAAGAUCAAGUUGGAGGCUUACAAUUGGUCAAAGAUCGAAAAUGGUUCGCUGUUAAACCAAACCCUAACGCUCUUAUAAUCAACAUUGGAGACUUAUUUCAGGCUUGGAGCAAUGGAGUCUAUAAGAGUGUUGAACAUCGAGUUGUGACAAAUCCGAGAGUUGAAAGAUUCUCUGUGGCGUAUUUUUUGUGUCCUUCAAAUAACACCGUGAUAGAGAGUUGUGAAGAGCCUUCUGUUUACAAGAAAUUUAGCUUUGAAGAGUAUAGACAACAAGUUCACGAUGAUGUUCAAAAACUAGGUACCAAAAUAGGCCUACCUAGGUUUCUCAAAUCAUGA